AUGCUGGAUUAGCAGUGUAGGAUUCUGCUCUGAUUCUGGUGCCUUGUUUUACCUUCACUCCUUGGACGCAACAUGCUGAGUCUUCAGGAUUCUGUGUUCUUUGAGAUCAGCAUUAAAUCUCUGCUCAAGUCCUGGAGCAGCAGCUCCCCGGCUCCGGGCAGCACUGUGAGUAGACGGCGUGUUACGGCAGGACACACCCCUGGCAGGGAGAAACGCAGCGCCAGCAUGUCUAACAUCACCAUCGACCCCGAGCUCAAACCGGGCGAGUACGUCAUCAAAAGCCUCUUCACCGAGUUUGCCGUACUCGCCGAGAAAAAGAUCGAGGUGGUGAUGGCCGAGCCCCUGGAGAAGCCCCUCUCCCGGUCUCUCCAAAGGGGGGAGGAUGCACAAUUUGAUCAGUUAAUAAGCUCUAUGAGCUCGAUAGCGGAACACUGUUUGCCCUCGCUGCUGCGCACGCUGUUUGAUUGGUACCGGCGCCAAAGCGGCACAGAGGAUGAGUCCUAUGAGUACCGACCCCGCGCCAGCACCAAGUCCAAAGGAGACGAGCAGCAUCGGGACAAAGACUACCUACUGGAACGGCGAGAUUUAGCCAUAGAUUUUAUUUUUUGUUUAGUUUCAGUGGAGGUUUUAAAACAGAUUCCUCUGCAUCCUGUGCCAGAUGCUUUAGUUCAUGAAGUUCUCAACCUGGCAUUCAAGCACUUUAAACACAAGGAGGGGUAUUCGGGGCCCAACACUGGCAACGUGCACAUCAUCGCCGACCUGUAUGCAGAAGUCAUCGGCGUCCUCACACAGUCAAAGUUCCAGGCGGUGCGUAAGAAGUUCAUGACGGAGCUGAAGGAGCUGCGUCAGAAGGAGCAGAGCCCCCACGUGGUGCAGAGUGUCAUCAGCCUCAUCAUGGGCAUGAAGUUCUUCCGCGUCAAGAUGUACCCUGUGGAGGACUUUGAGGCGUCCUUCCAGUUCAUGCAGGAGUGCGCGCAGUAUUUCCUGGAGGUGAAGGAUAAGGACAUUAAGCACGCUCUGGCUGGCCUCUUUGUGGAGAUUCUCAUCCCUGUUGCUGCUGCAGUUAAAAAUGAAGUCAACGUGCCGUGUUUGAAAAACUUUGUAGAAAUGCUCUACCAGACGACCUUUGACCUCAGCUCCAGGAAGAAGCACUCUCUGGCGCUGUAUCCCUUGGUGACCUGCUUGCUUUGUGUCAGUCAGAAGCAGUUCUUCCUCAACAACUGGCACAUAUUCCUGCAGAACUGCCUGUCUCACCUGAAGAACAAGGACCCCAAAAUGUCCCGCGUGGCUCUGGAGUCCCUGUACCGGCUGCUCUGGGUUUACAUCAUCCGCAUAAAGUGUGAGAGCAACACUGUCACUCAGAGUCGUUUGCUCAGUAUAGUCUCAGCACUUUUCCCCAAGGGGUCCCGCAGUGUGGUCCCUCGAGACACGCCCCUCAACAUCUUCGUUAAGAUCAUCCAGUUCAUCGCUCAGGAAAGGCUGGAUUUUGCCAUGAAAGAGAUCAUUUAUGACCUUCUCUGUGUGGGGAAGUCGCACAAGACCUUCACCAUAAAUCCAGAGAGGAUGAACGUGGGGCUCCGGGCCUUCCUGGUCAUCGCUGACAGCCUGCAGCAGAAGGAGGGUGAGCCGCCCAUGCCCACCACCGGGGUCACCCUGCCGUCCGGCAACACCCUGCGCGUCAAGAAGAUCUUCCUCAACACCACGCUCACUGACGAGGAGGCCAAGGUCAUCGGCAUGUCCCUGUACUACCCCCAAGUCCGCAAGGCGCUCGACAGCAUCCUGCGCCACCUGGACAAGGAGGUGGGCCGACCAAUGAGCAUGACCAACGUGCAGAUGUCCAACAAGGAGCCCGAGGACAUGAUCACGGGGGAGAGGAAGCCGAAGAUCGAUCUGUUCCGGACCUGUGUGGCAGCGAUUCCCCGGCUGAUCCCAGACGGCAUGAGCAGACUGGAGCUCAUCGACCUGCUCGCCAAGCUGACCAUCCACAUGGACGAGGAGCUGCGCGGCCUGGCCUUCACCACGCUGCAGGCGCUGAUGGUGGACUUCCCUGAGUGGCGUGAGGACGUGCUGUCGGGCUUCGUCUACUUCAUCGUGCGCGAGGUUACUGACGUCCACCCCACGCUGCUCGACAACGCCGUCAAGAUGCUGGUGCAGCUCAUCAGCCAGUGGAGGCAAGCUGUGCAGUCCAGCAACCGGAGCCAGGGCGGGAGCAGCUGUCCCUCUCUGCCUCUGGAGCGCUCUCCGCUCUCUGGGGUGCUGCAUGUGGUGGAGGGACUGGCGCUGGUGGUGCUGUGCAACUGUCGCCCGGCAACCCGCCGGCUGGCUGUCAAUGUGCUGAAGGAAGUGCGUGCACUCUACACUGCCCUGGGCAUCGCCAAGGGAGAGGAGGAGCUGGCCAUCGAUGUGAUGGACAGGAUGAGCGCUGCAGUGCUGGAGAACUUCAUACACCUGACAGGAGCAGACCAGACGAAUCUGCUGUACUGCCCGAGCAGCAUUGACCUGCAGACGCUGGCCGAGUGGAGCUCCUCCCCCAUCAGCCACCAGUUCGACGUGGUCAGCCCCUCCCUCAUCUGGAUCUUUGCCCAUGUGACCCAGGGCCAGGACCCCUGGGUCAUCAGCCUGUCCAGCUACCUGCGGCAGGACGGCCUGCUCCGUCACUGCCCCACCGCCCUCAGCUACGCCUGGAUGUUCGCAUACACCCGCCUCACUCUGCUGUCCCCUCAGGUGGACAUCAACAGCCCAAUCAAUGCUAAGAAGGUGAACAGCAUGAGCAGCAGUGACUCGUACGUGGGGCUGUGGAGGAACUACCUGAUCCUGUGCUGCAGCGCCGCCUCUUCCUCUUCCUCCUACUCCUCAUCAUCCUCCUCCUCCACCUCCGGCUCUGUGCGCUGCUCUCCACCCGAGGCCCUGGCCUCCACCCCCGACAGCGGAUACAGCUACGACUCCAAGAUCGUUGGUGCCCCGUCCCCGUCCUCCUUGUUCAAGCACAUUGUGCCCAUGAUGCGCUCUGAGAGCAUGGACAUCACGGAGUCCCUGGUGCUGGGGCUCGGACGCACCAACCCUGCGGCCUUCCGGGAGCUCAUAGAGGAGUUGAACCCCAUUAUCAAAGAAGCCCUAGAGAGACGUCCUGAAAACAUGAAGCGGCGGCGGCGGCGGGACGUCCUGCGGGUGCAGCUGGUGCGCAUCUUUGAGCUGCUCGCUGACGCCGGGGUCAUCAGCCAGACGGCCAGUGGAGGGCUGGACGGGGAGACGCACUCUCUGAACCCCACCCUGCUGGAGUACGUGGACCUCACCCGCCAGCUGCUGGAGGCCGAGAACGACAAGGACUCCGACACGCUGAAGGACAUCCGCUGCCACUUCAGCGCCCUGGUGGCCAACAUCAUCCAGAACGUUCCAGUUCACCAGCGGAGGGCGAUCUUCCCCCAGCAGUCUCUGAGGCACAGCCUGUUCAUGCUGUUCAGCCACUGGGCGGGGCCUUUCAGCAUCAUGUUCACCCCGCUGGACCGCUACAGUGACCGCAACAUGCAGAUCAACCGCCACCAGUACUGUGCUCUCAAGGCCAUGUCUGCAGUUCUGUGCUGUGGGCCGGUGGCAGAUAACGUGGGACUAUCCUCAGACGGGUACCUGUACAAAUGGCUGGACAACAUACUGGACUCUCAGGACCGUAAGGUGCACCAGCUGGGCUGCGAGGCGGUGAUGCUGCUGCUGGAGCUGAACCCGGAUCAGAGUAACCUGAUGUUCUGGGCUGUGGACCGCUGCUACACGGGCUCCCGCAGAGUGGCGGCCGGCUGCUUCCGCGCCAUCGCCAACGUCUAUCACAGCAGGGAUUACCAGUUUGAUACUGUGGUGCUGCUGAAUCUGAUCAUUUUCAAAGCAGCAGACUCUUCCAGAGAGAUCUAUGAGGCAGCCAUGCAGCUAUUGCAGAUCCUGGAGCCCAAGCUGUUCCGAUACGCCCACAAGCUGGAGAUCCAGCGCAGCGACGGGAUCCUGAGUCCCCCCUCCCUGCUGCCCCACCUCUACUCCGUCUCCUACUACCAGCUGUCUGAGGAGCUGGCCCGCACCUACCCCGAGCUCACCCUGCCCAUCUUCUCAGAGGUGAGCCAGCGCAUUCAGACAGCGCACCCUGCUGGCAGGCAGGUGAUGCUGCACUACCUGCUGCCCUGGAUGAAUAACAUUGAGCUGGUGGACUUCAAGGCGUCGGCGCGGCGCCCGGAGGAGCCCCCGGGCAGUGAGGAGGAGGAGGAGCUGCGAGAUCAGGACAUGAUGAUGCUCAACAGCCGGCGCUGGCUGAGGGGCGAGGGCUGGGGCUCCCCCCACGCCACCACCAUGGUGCUCAACAACCUGAUGUACAUGACCGCCAAGUACGGGGAUGAGUUCGCCUGGUCAGAGAUAGAGAACGUGUGGACCACCCUGGCGGACAGCUGGCCAAAGAACCUCAAAAUCAUUCUGCAUUUCCUCAUCACCAUGUGUGGAGUGAAGAGCGAACCCAGCCUGCUGCCCUAUGUGAAGAAGGUGGUGGUGUACCUGGGCCGGGAUAAGACCAUGCAGCUGUUGGAGGAGCUUGUGUGUGAACUAGAGCUGACUGAUCCUGUGUGUUCUGCUGUCACACACAUGGACAAUCCUCCCUACUAUCGAAUCACCUCCAGCUACAAGAUCCCCUCUGUCGCCUCAGGAACUACUUCCAGUAGUAAUACCAUGGUGCCUGGCCCUGAUGGACACCAUGACAACAAAAUGGACGACACGUACUCCCACCUGGAUAUGUACAGUGGGCUGAACAGUAACCUGAGCCGGCAGCACCAUCGCCUGGAGUCCCGCUACAGCAGCAGCUCUGGGGGAUCCUAUGAGGAGGAGAAGAGUGACUCCAUGCCUGUCUAUGCUAACUGGCGUUUGAAAGUGAUGGAACACAACCGACCGGAGCCCCUCCCUUUCCCCCCGAUGGGUGGGUCGUGGUCCCCGCUGGUUGACUACCUGCCCGAGACCAACACACCUGGAGUUCCUUUACACAGGUGUAAUAUUGCCAUCAUCCUGCUGACUGACCUCAUCGUUGACCAUGGGGUCAAGGUGGAGUGGAGCUCCUACCUGCACCUGCUGCUGCAUGCUAUCUUCAUAGGGUUUGACCACCAGCACCCAGAGGUGUAUGAACACAGCAAGCGCCUGCUACUGCACCUGCUGGUCAUCCAGGGAACCAACAGCAACGUCCAAUCACUGGCCUCCGUCCUGCUGCGCAACCGCGAGUACAACGACCCCAAAGUUCUCACUGUCAAACAACCGCCCCGCGAGUACAACCUCACAGGUGUGUAUGACUUUGUGCCGGAAUACCAGCCGUCGCCCAUGACGGACUCAGGACUCAGCUCGAGCUCCACCUCCUCCAGCAUCAGCCUAGGCUCCACCCUCCCUCACCUGACCCCCACUGGCAGCUCCACCCUCCCUCACCUGACCCCCAUCGGAAGCUCCGCCCUCCCUCACCUAACCCCCAUCGGAAGCUCCGCCCUCCCUCACCUGACCCCGACCGGAAGCUCCGCCCUCCCUCACCUAACCCCGACCGGAAGCUCCGCCCUCCCUCACCUAACCCCCAUCGGAAGCUCCGCCCUCCCUCACCUGACCCCCAUCGGAAGCUCCGCCCUCCCUCACCUGACCCCCACGCUGCUUAAUGAGGUGGAUCUCUCCAGUGAGCAGGACGAGAAGAUGAAGUCACUCAUCGAGUUUAUCACGUCCAGGAAGCGGGGACCCUUGUGGAACCACGAGGAUGUCUCCCCUAAAAACCCCAACAUCAAGAGUGCAGAUCAGCUGACCGUGUUCCUCACACAUGUGGUCAAUGUCUUCAAACAAAGCCAGUCAGGGUAUGAGCUGGAGGAGCUGCUCAGUGAGGUGGCUCUGCAGACGGCUCUCUCCUGCUCCUCCCGCCAUUAUGCCGGACGCUCCUUCCAGAUGUUCCGCGCGCUGAAGCAGCCCCUCACCGCCGCCACGCUCUCCGACCUGCUCUCCCGCCUGCUGGAGACUGUGGGAGACCCCGGAGAGGAGGCGCAGGGUUUUGUGAUAGAGUUGCUUCUGACACUGGAGUCUGGGAUCGACACGCUUGCGGACUCGAUGAAGAGCUACGACUUGCUGACUGCUCUGUCGCAGGCCUCGAACCCGGAUCCCCCGUACCGACACCCCCUGCUGGGCACCAAGUAUGCAGCCAACCGGAAGAGCACGGGCCAGCUGAACCUGGGAGGUGGGCGGGGCCAGCACGGCCACGCCCUACACGGCCACGCCCUCUACGGCCACGCCCGCAGCAACUCGCUCCGCGCCAGCCUGGUGGGAGAGCACCCGGGCGACCGUCGCCGCAGCAACACCCUGGACAUCGUGGACGGCCGGGCCGGUAACCACGGCAGCCUGGCUCGCACCCGCAGCCUGUCCUCCUUACGGGAGGGCGGGGCUGGCGAGCCUCCGCCCCCCGCGGACCCCUCCAACCUGAUGGCCACCAUCUUCUGGAUCGCGGCGUCGCUGCUGGAGUCGGACUACGAGUUUGAGUUCCUGCUGGCGCUGCGGCUGCUGAACAAGCUGCUGGGCCAGCUGCCGCUGGAGCGGGCGGACAGCCGGCAGCGCAUCGAGGCUGUGCAGGCCCAGCUCAAGUGGCACAGCUUCCCCGGCCUGCAGCAGCUCUUCCUCAAGGGCUUCACCUCGGCCGCCACGCUGGAGCUCACCGUGCAGCUGCUCAGCAAGCUCAUCACCGCGUCCCGCUACGCGCUGGUCGACCCCUCGCAGGGCUCAGGUUUCCCUCUGAAUAUCCUGUGUUUGCUGCCGCACCUGAUUCAGCACUUUGACAACCCCACGCCCUUCUGCAAGGACGCGGCGGACCGUGUGGCGCGCGUGUGCGCUGCCGAGGAGAAGUCCGCCACGCUGUCCAACCUGGCGCACAUGAUGAGCCUGUACAGCACGCACAGCUACUCCCGCGACUGCGCCAGCUGGGUCAACGUGGUGUGCAGGUACCUGCACGACUCCUUCUCCGACAUCACCUUCAGCCUCGUCACCUACCUGGCCGAGCUGCUGGAGAAGGGUCUGGCCAGCAUGCAGCAGUCCCUGCUGCAGAUAAUACACAGCCUGCUGAGUCACAUCGACCUGUCAGCUGCACCUGUCAAACAGUUCAACCUGGACAUCAUGAAGAUCAUAGGGAAGUACGUGCAGAGCCCGUACUGGAAGGAGGCCCAGAACAUUCUGAAGCUGGUGGUGUCUCGGUCAGCCAGCCUGGUGGUGCCAGACGAGGUUCAUCGCUCCUACAGCGCAGAAUCGUCCGGCUCACCCGAGAUCGCCUUCACCAGGAUCUUCAACAGCUGCUCCAAGGAACUGCCCGGAAAAACUCUGGACUUCCACUUCGACAUCUCAGAGACGCCCAUCAUAGGCCAUAAAUACGGGGACCAGCGCACCGCGGCGGGGCGGAACGGGAAGCCGCAGGUCAUCGCCGUGACGAGGAGCACCUCCUCCACCUCCUCAGGGUCCAACUCCAACGGCCUGGUGCCCGUCAGCUGGAAGAGACCCCAGCUCUCUCAGAGAAGAACCAGAGAGAAGCUGAUGAACGUCCUGUCGCUCUGCGGUCCGGAAUCUGGCCUUCCGAAGAACCCCUCUGUGGUGUUCUCCUCCAGUGAGGACCUGGACUCGGGCGAUGCUCAGACCAGCCUGAUCCCCACGGUGGAGGAGGUGGUGCGGGAAGAGGAGGCUGCGGAGGACGCUGGCAGCGAGCAGCAGUUUGGCGUCUUUAAGGACUUCGACUUCCUGGAUGUGGAGCUGGAGGACGCAGAGGGGGAGAGCAUGGACAACUUUAACUGGGGCGUUCGGAGGCGGUCCCUCGACAGUGUGGACAAGGGGGACACGCCCUCCCUGCAGGAGUGCCAGUUCGCCGGGAGCACGCCCAGCCUCAACCUGACCAAUCAGGAGGAGGACACGGACGAGUCGUCGGAGGAGGAGGUACUGAGCGCUAGCCAGAUUCUGACCCGCUCCAGCCUCUUGAACAGUGACUCGGCGACGGACGAGGCAGUGUCCAAUCACGUGGACUCCCUGCAGCAGUCUCAGGACUCGUCCAGCAGCGCAGUGACUGAGGAGGCCACGCCCCUGCCCCGCCCGGACAGCCCUGCCCUGGACCCCGCCCCGGACCCCGCCCUGGACCCCGCCCCGGACCCCGCCCACUCAGACAGCGCCAGCAGCCAGCCGCCUGAGGACGUGAGUGUGACAGCGGCGGACGAGCUGAGCAGCAGUGUGAGUGAGGACACAGGCUUCUGCAGCGCCCCCCCCCCGCCCCCGGAGCUGCCGGACCUCCCGGACUCUCAGGACCCCGCCCCCCCACCGCCAUCGCAGAGCCCAGCCGGGUCUGUCUGUGAGGACGAGGCCCCUCCCCCCGCGGCCCCGGACAGCGGCCCUCCCUCCAUCUGUGAAGAUGAUGUCACACUGGCCCUCAAAGAGCUGGACGAGCGCUGCGAGGAGGAGGAGGCGGACUUCUCUGGCCUGUCCAGUCAGGAUGAAGGGGAAGCAGAAGGAUUCUCGGAGCUCCAGGCGUCUCCACCCCCCUCGCCGUUUCUCUCCGCCAUCCUGGCAGCCUUCCAGCCUGUUGCCUACGACGAUGAGGAGGAUGCCUGGCGUUGCCAUGUCAACCAGAUGCUGUCAGACACGGACGGCUCUUCUGCAGUGCACACCUUCCAUGUGUUCUCACGUCUCUUCCAGAGUAUCCAGAGGAAGUUUGGCACACUGACACACGCUGCAGUGGGUUUCCUGGGGGAGGGGCUGGGGCGGAUCGGGGGCCAGUUCCGCAGCUCUCUGGAUGUCCUGAUGGCCUGUUCACAGUGUCCCACAGUGCUGCUGGAUGCAGAAACACUGGUGUCCUGUGGGCUGUUGGAGGCUCUGAAGUUCAGUGUUCUGGAGCUGCAGGAGCACCUGGACACCUACAACAGCAAGAGGGAGUCAGCCCAACAGUGGCUUGAUAACUGCGUGAAAACGUUUGGCGAGAAGGACAGCACCUCGCGAGCCAACACCCAGGCCCAGGAGUUGGAGCUCUGCCGCAGGCUCUAUAAGCUGCACUUCCAGCUGCUGCUGCUCUUUCAGGCCUACUGCAAACUCAUCAGCCGGGUAGAGAGCAUCACGCAAGAGCCACAGGUCAUUAACAUGACGGAGGAGCUGGCUCUGCUGGAGAGCUGUCUGAAGGAGGCGGAGUCUGAGGCUAACGGCCAGGAAGAAGUGGGCGUGUCCGAGGCGGCGCAGGCCAGUCCUGAGGCAGCGAUCCAGUCGCUCAUUGAGACACUGCACGCCCGUGACUUUGGCUCCGCCCUCACACAGGUCAAGGCCUUCAGGUCUCUGUGGCCGGAGGACAUCUUUGGCGGGGCAGCGGACGACGCGGUGCGCACUCUGCAGCUGCUCUCCUUCCGCCACCUGAGCCUGGGACAGACGGGCAGCGUGGCGCUGCUGGGCCCCUCCCCCGACCUCACCCCCGCGAGCUCCCACCUGAUGCAGCUCAACCUGCAGAUCCGCCACGCGCUGAGGCUAGCGCACACCUGCGCCGUCUGACAGGGGUGGGGCGGGGCCGGGGGGCAGGGGCAGGGCUCCCCCAUCUCUAAGGGCUAAAGGAUGCGUGCGGUUGGCUGACACUUCUGUGACUUUUCCCCUUCUGGCGGAACUCUGCUGCUGUAAGGAGGUGGGGGGGGGGGGGGGAAGCUUUUUGGAGGUUUUUGGAGGUGUGACCUUCAGGCUUCACUGGCUGCCUGAUCUCCUUACAGCAGCAUGUGAUCCACAGACAGAACCCGGUGGGUGGGGUGGGGUGGGAUGGGCGUGGCUAUGGGGCAGGGUGGGCGUGGUUAGGGGACCGGGCGGGCUUGUGUGUGUGAUGGGGAGGGCGUGGUUAUGGGACAGUGUGGGCGUGGCUGUGUGAUGGGGAGGGCGUGGCUAUGGGGCAGUGUGGGCGUGGCUGUGUGAUGGGGAGGGCGUGGCUAUGGGGCAGUGUGGGCGUGGCUGUAAAGGGCACAGCACAGGGUAAAUGUGUCGCUUGUGAGCGCAAGGUGUGUGAGUGAUGGGGACUGUCUGAGACGUCUCUAAGGUUUGCAAAAAACUAAAAACUAAAAAAAAAAAAAAGGUUUUUCUCCUCCAGAAACCCAAUAGAGGAAGAAAAAUACUGCAAGAAUAUUUUUUUGAGAAAUUAAAAUUAUUUUUUAUGAAAGCUAACAUCCUGGUUAGGCUGUAAAUGUUACGAUAUUUAACCUGCCUGGGGUCUGUAUAGAGUCUCAUCCUCUCUCUGGGGCUCAAGUGAUCGCUGAUCAUAGCUAACCAAAAACUAUCUGCCUUUAGAACAUAUAUAUAUAUCUGUGUGUGUGUGUGUGUGUGUGUACGUGUGUGUGUGGGGCUGUGUGUAUGUGCGAGCGCGUGUGUGGGUGAGUGAUUAUGUACAUGCAGACACACACACACACACACACAUGCAGACUGGCUACAUUCAUUAUGAAAAAACAUCAAUAACUUAUUUUACUCUGUAUAUAUUUUAGAACUGUAUAGUGUAAAAGCAGUAUUUUUAUUGUACAUUUUGUGCAAUGCACUGUUAAUGCAGGAAAUGUGUAUAAAGCUGAUGAAAAACAGAAGAAACCACGGAAAAUUAACUCCAUUAUAACCCGACCCAAAUGUCGUGUCACCAAACAGUACUGGCAGUGGCAGAGGUCAAAGGUCAGGGGACUCUCUACCAGAUCAGUCGUAUGCAUUCCUCUCUACUGUGAUCUCCAUGUUGGCUCUGUUCCCCAGAAGCAGGCUGCUAUGACAGCCCUGUGUUCUGAGGGGAAACUGUGGCCUGUGUUCAUCCAUGUUGGCUCAGCUGUGCCUGCAGAUGAACUGCAGGAUGUGAGCGGACCCCAGAAAGCUGUGGGAAAACGGUCCUGGCACAUUCACACCGUCACUGUAUUCAUUCCUCACUGGCCUGUUUGGUACUUCUGAAUGCUGUUCUUAAUUAUUUAAUGGAUAUAUUAUUUCCUGGGAAAUAGUUUUUAUUUCAAGGUGCAUUAAAAGUUUCCUUUAUUUUUUUUGUUUUAAGUCGUCCUGUCAGCCGGUUCCGGGGAGGCGGAGCCUGUUCACAUGUCCUGCUCGUGUGUGCAGAGUAUCUGCUGUAUUCCACAGGCAGUCAGGAAGCAGUGCAGCUCUUUUGAUGUCACUUCCUGUGUAGUGGCACCUGUGCUCCACCCUCCGGACUGCUGUGCUGACAGCAGCAGUGUCCCACAUCCCUGUUACAGCAUAACCCUGUAUGUGAUAAUGCAGUCCUUCAUUAAAAACAUAAAACCUA